UGUUUUCAAAAAAAAAAGUUUUUAGAACCAUUAAGAGUUUUUGCAUUGUGACAUUAAUUUCAAAACCGUUAAAUAUCUGUGCAACCCAGCGUUUAUCCUUUUAAUUACAAUGCAUUUCCAAUAAAAAGACAAAAGCAGAUGUUUAACAGUUAAAAUGCAUUGCAUUGCAGUGAUUUUGCAGUUUUACUAGAAAACAUACUGAUUUGUUCAUUGUUUAAAUGACUUGGCAGCUCUGGACCUCCGUAUCUCAGCAGAGAUCUGGAUCUUCAGUGAAGCGUCUCCCUCAUGAUCUGGGAUUAUAUAAGGCAGGAAUAACUAUAAUAAUCUAACAUGGAGUUUGUCAGAGUGCUGAUUGGGGACGCGAGCGAUCCAGAACCAUUCAAGAUAUUAAAGGAUGACCCCGAGGAACACAGAGACCUGGUGGAGGUGAAGGAGGAAAGUCAAGAGCUGAAUGAAGUAGAGGAGAAACAUCCGUUCGAGGAGCCUCGUGCAAUCAUAACCAGUGAGAAAUCCUCCAGUCGCACACAGACUGAAAAUAAAAGCACGCAGAAAACAGCGCUCAUCUGUUCUCACUGCGGAAAGAGUUUUAGACAGAGAGGACACCUUGACGAUCACAUAAGGACUCACACCGGAGAGAAGCCUUACGCAUGCCUUCACUGUGGGAAGAGCUUCACGCAUAAAGGAAACCUUAAGGAUCACAUGAGGAUUCACUCGGGAGAGAGACGGUUCGCGUGUCAGCACUGCGGGAAGAGGUUCACGCAUAAAGCCAACCUCACGGAUCACAUCCGGAUCCACACGGGAGAGAAGCCGUUCUCCUGCGAUCAGUGCGGGAAGAGCUUCACACACGCCACGAGUCUGAAGACUCACCUGCUGUCUCACUCCGGAGAGCGGCCCUUUAGCUGCGAUCAGUGCGGACACAAAUUCAUUCUAGCGGCGCACCUGAAGAGACACCUGAGGAUCCACACCAACGAGAGGCCCUACGUGUGCUCCUUCUGCGGGAAGAGCUUCUUGUGGCUCUGCUAUUUUAAAGACCACCAGAAGAAGCACACGGGCGUGAAAGCUCACGUGUGCUCCGAGUGCGGCAGCGCCUUCACGAGAGCCAGCGAGCUGAGGAUGCACCAGAGGACCCACACCGGAGAAAAACCCUACACCUGCUCGUGCUGCGGAAAGAGCUUUGCAGAGUCCGGAAACCUGAAGAAACAUGAGCGUGUUCACACCGGAGAGAAGCCCUACCAGUGUCCCUCGUGUGGAGGCAGUUUCAGCCAGUUCAGCCAUUUGCUGAGACAUUUAAAGCAGCAGAGCUGUCCGAAGCUGACGCAGUUCUUUUUGUGUACUUGUUACUAA